UCACACUUUCCAGUAUUCACUAUUUUCCAAUUUAUUUUAGGGUUAGGGUUUAAGCUUUUAUAUUUUUUCAUUUCCCCUUUCUCUUUCUAUCUCAUUUCUUGAAUUCCAUCAAUGGCGACAACUCCUACAACUGCAACUCCAAAGAGAAAGCCAGUGUUCAUCAAAGUUGACCAGCUAAAGCCCGGUACUACUGGCCAUACAUUGACUGUCAAAGUUGUGAGCUCCAAAACUGUGUUAAACAAAGGAAGAUCGGCUCCUUCUGCUUCUCUUAAUCCUCGUCCUACUCGCAUCGCUGAAUGCGUUGUUGGUGAUGAAACCGGCGUUAUCAUCUUCACCGCUCGUAACGAACAAAUUGACCUCAUGCAGCCUGAUGCUACAGUAAUCUUGCGUAAUGCAAAGAUUGAUAUGUUCAAGGGUUCUAUGCGGCUUGCAGUUGACAAAUGGGGUCGUGUUGAGGUCACUGAUCCUGCUAGCUUCCAGGUCAAGGAAGCUAACAAUCUCUCCAACGUGGAAUAUGAGUUGGUGAAUAUUGCUGAAGAAAAUUAGAAGUUGUUAGGUCGAUAGCUUGAAGUGGAUUUCUUACUAUCUUUUUUGGUUUGUGAAUUAUUAUUGUUAUUGCUUUGCAACUUUCAUGAGUUUCACAAAAUCAUCAUUGAAGAAGCAUUGCCUCUGUAUUCAUAAAUAAUGCCUUUUUUUUUUUUUUUUUUUUUUUUAAUUUUUUUUAUGUGGUUUAAAUUUACCUCGUUAAUGUUUUUUCUCGUUGCCAAUAGUGUUAAAGAUGUUAACCAUA